AUGAAGUACUUAGCUGCAUAUCUUUUAUUACAACAAGGUGGUAACGCAUCUCCAUCUGCUGCUGACAUUAAGACUCUUUUAGAAUCUGUUGGUUCUGAAGUUGAACAAUCCAACAUUGACUUAUUAUUAGCUUCCUUAGAAGGUAAGUCUGUUGAUGAAUUAAUUGCAGAAGGUGCAACCAAGUUAGCAUCUAUUUCUACUGGUUCUGCUGCUGCAGGUGCUUCUGCAGGUGCUGCUGCUUCCGGUGAAGCUGCUGCUGAAGAAGAAGUUGAAGAAGCAAAGGAAGAAUCUGAUGACGACAUGGGUUUCGGUUUAUUCGACUAA